UGGUGGCUGGAGCGGACGCUGCAGGCUCCGGAGAAGCGCACAGGGCAAUUUCAAGUCCCGGUGGGACGCCGUCUCCCCCACUCCCCUGGGACCCACGGUCCCCUGCACCCCACUCAGUGCACAGCCCCCGCAACGCCUGCGCUCGACGACCCCUUUGCGCCCCCACAGCCAGCUCCGAGCCGCACGAUCCCCCAGGAAGAGCCUGCGCCGGGGCUGCCUGUCGGCCCGGCAUUGGCUGAGCUGCCCUCGGCUCACAGCCCACCCUGGCGGCGGAGCUGAGCCCGCACUCGGAGGCUCUGCGGGGACCAGCCGGGAGGAGGGAGCCCAGCCCGCGCCCUCAUGCCCUGCUGCACGAAGCCCCCCAGCGCCCGCACCAUGAAGGAGGAGGCCUUCCUGCGCCGCCGGCUGUCCCUGUGCCCGCCGUCCUCCACCCCUCGGAAGGCCGAGCCCCGGAGACGUGCCCGGGACCUGCUCCUCGGGGGAGAGAGCGAGCUGUACCCUCUCAGCCCAGGCAAGGACAUGGAGCCGAACGGCCCGUCGCCACCACAGGACGAAGGACCCCCCACCCCUGGCUCCACCACCAAGUUGCCACUGGCAGACUGCAGGCCCUGCAACGGGUCCGACAAGGACUGUGUGUCCCCGAUGGCCAAGGUCACCAAGAAGGAAACUCUCAAGGUGCAGAAGGAAAACUACCGGCAGGAGAAGAAGCGCGCCACGAAGCAGCUGCUCAGUGCCCUGACGGACCCCCGUGUGGUCAUCAUGGCCGACAGCCUGAAGGUCCGAGGGACCCUGAAGAGCUGGACCAGGCUGUGGUGCGUGCUGAAGCCGGGCGUGCUGCUGAUCUACAAGACGCCCAAGGUGGGCCAGUGGGUGGGCACCGUCCUGCUGCACUGCUGCGAGCUCAUCGAGCGGCCCUCCAAGAAGGACGGCUUCUGCUUCAAGCUCUUCCACCCGCUCGACCAGUCCGUCUGGGCCGUGAAGGGCCCCAAAGGAGAGAGCGUGGGCUCCAUCACACAGCCCCUCCCCAGCAGCUACCUGAUCUUCAGGGCCGCCUCUGAGUCCGAUGGCCGCUGCUGGCUGGACGCCCUGGAGCUGGCCCUGCGCUGCUCCAGCCUCCUGCGCCUCAGCACAUGCAAGCAGGGCGGCGACCGGGGGGAGCCUGGGUCCUCGCCAGAUGCCUCGCCCUCCUCGCUCUGUGGGCUGCCGCCCUCGGCCGCCAUGCAGGACCUGUUCCCACUGAAUGGGUCCGCCCUGGAGAACGACGCUUUCUCGGACAAGUCGGAGAGGGAGGCUGUGGAGGGGUCAGACAGCGAGACCCAAGAGGAGCACAGUGGGAAGAUCAACGGGAGCGGGAGCGACCAGUCGGAGGCCCCCGGGUGCCCAGCGUCACGAGGGACCGCUUACGUGGAGGAGGUCCAGGAGGAGUUGUGGGAGGGCGGCGAGGCGUCCCAGGUGGAGACAGUGUCGGAGGAAAACAAGAGCCUGAUGUGGGUGCUGCUGAAGCAGCUGCGGCCGGGCAUGGACCUGUCCCGCGUGGCGCUGCCCACCUUUGUCCUGGAGCCCCGCUCCUUCUUGGACAAGCUCUCGGACCACUACUGCCACGCCGACCUGCUCUCCAGGGCCUCGCUGGAGGAGGACGCCUACAGCCGCAUGAAGCUGGUGCUGCAGUGGUACCUGUCCGGCUUCUACAAGAAGCCCAAGGGGAUCAAGAAGCCCUACAACCCGAUCCUGGGGGAGACCUUCCGCUGCUGCUGGCUCCACCCCCAGACCCACAGCCUCACCUUCUACCUGGCGGAGCAGGUGUCACACCACCCGCCCGUGUCUGCCUUCCACGUCAGCAACCGGAAAGACGGCUUCUGCAUCAGCGGCAGCAUCACGGCCAGGUCCCGGUUCUACGGGAACUCGCUGUCGGCGCUGCUGGACGGCAAGGCCAGGCUCACCUUCCUGAGGCGGGCGGAGGAUUACACCCUCACCAUGCCCUAUGCCCACUGCAAAGGAAUCCUGUACGGCACCAUGACCAUGGAGCUGGGCGGCAGCGUGGCCAUCGAGUGCCGGAAGAACAACUUCCGAGCCGAGCUGGAGUUCAAGCUCAAGCCUUUCUUUGGGGGCAGCACGAGCAUGAACCAGAUCUCGGGCAGGAUCACGUCAGGAGAGGAGGUCCUGGCGCAUCUCUCCGGACACUGGGACAGGGAAGUGUUUAUCCAGGAGGAGGGUCGGGGAAGCGCCGAGCUCUUCUGGAACCCAAGCAGGCAGGUGCAGGAGCGGCGGCUGAGGCGGCGCACGGUGCUCCUGGAGGAACAGGAGGAACUGGAGUCGGAGAGGCUCUGGCAGCAUGUCACCAGGGCCAUUAGGGACGGUGACCAGCACAGGGCCACGCAGGAGAAGGUUUUACUGGAGGAGGCGCAGCGGCAGCGGGCCCACGAGCGCCGGCAGAGCCUCACGCCCUGGGUCCCCCGGCUGUUCCACCUGGACUCCGCCACCCAGGAGUGGCGCUACCGAUUCGAGAAGCACAGCCCCUGGGACCCCCUGAGGGACAUCGCCCAGUUUGAGCAAGACGGGGUGCUAUACACCCUGCAGCGAGAGAGCCCGAGCCCCCAGACCCGCGUGGAGGGCAGCCCAGGGCCUGGGCACCAGGGGCCUGGCCCAGACCGGCGGCUUCGCAAAGCCAGCGACCAGCCCUCCGGCCACAGCCAGGCCACUGAGAGCAGUGGCUCCACGCCAGAGUCCUGCCCAGAGCUCUCGGAUGAGGACGGUGACGGAGACUUUGUCCCUGGCAGCGAGAGCCCGUGCCGGCGGUGUGGGAAGGAGGCCCGGCGGCUGCAGGCCCUGCACGAGGCCACCCUGGCCCUGCGGGAGGCGCAGCAGGAGCUGCACAGGCAGCUUGCGGCCAUGCUGAGCUCCGCAGCCAGGGCCCGGCAGGCCGCGGCCUCGGGCCCCCUGCACAGCCCCCGGGCCUGGUGCCUGCUCUGCACACUCCUGGCCUGCCAGCUGCUGCUGAACCUCGUCCUCACGUGAGCAUCCUUCAGGGCGGGGUGGCCGCCACCCACGGAACUCGGCCGCUGCAUCCCUCCCUCGCAGGCACCCAGCACUUUAAACCAGCCCGGGGAGGCAGAGGGACACUGUGACCUCAGCCCCUAUGGACAGAGGGGCCCUGGUAGCAGGAGGACAACAGGAGGGACCUGGGGCUUCCGGCUCUUCCUGGGGAGGCGCUGCCUCUCUGACGGGCCCUCACCCAGCACUGGCCUUAAUGCUCAAACCAAAUGCCCCUUCGUCAUGCAACGCAUACCCUGGUCAUCUGGCCUCUCUCUCCUGGUCCAGUCCCCACCUGCCAUGUGGGGUCGACACAGGCAGGGAGUAGGAGGGUCCCCCAGCACUGGACAUCUGCUCCCCAGCUGGGUGCAGGGGAGAGAGGGGCAAGCCAGGGGUCCCCAGGGCUGCCUUGGUCCUGACCCACAGGCUGUCCCUCCUGAGACUCUGCCCCGUCACCCUGGCAUGGCCCUGACGGGCCCCUGGAGUCAGUCUGCCACAGUGCUGUUUGGGAGGAGCCUGGUUAGAAGUAAGGAACCUGCCCCAUCCCCGCAGUCCAGCCCUGCAGUGCGGGGGAAGGGCACCUGUGAUCGCAGAUGCGUGGGCGCCGGGCCGGCCUGCGACACUCACCGCGGGUGGAGCAUGGCUGCCCUGCACCCGCCUGGGAUCCUUUCCCCGGUCCCGGCAGGGCCCCCGCUGUCCCCCGCUCACUUGCCGGAUAAACGCGUGGCAAUACUGUACUUGGGCACCGUCUGCCCUCGGCUCUGUGUCAAUUUCCAAGUGUGUGUGUGCACGUGUGUGAGCUCCCACACGUGUAGGUGCACACGGAGCCUGAACUCUGCCGUGGCCGAGCCCUCCGGGCUGAUGCUGCAUUUUCCGGCUUUUGUGCCCAUGUCCUGGGCCCCCCCCAACAGUGUGGGGACAGGUCUGUGCCCCGUUCCCUGGAAUAAAAGAACACACCCGU